UUGACCCCGCCCGCUUUCAUCGGUCAUCGGUCAGCACCACCAUUCCCUCUUCCCAAUGCCGUCCUCCCCGUGGCCUCCUACUGCCGGAGCUCCGCCGCCGCGACCGGCGCAGGACACGGUCUCCACCGCGGCGCUGGAGCGCCGCCCCGUCGAGGGUUCCCGAUCUCCACCCGCGCAGGAGGAAGGGUCCGUCGCCGCCGCCGACUCGGCGCAGGAGGCCAGGGCUCGGCCUCCGUCUGAGGACUACUUCUCAGAGGUAAGGACCCAGGAGCAUGGAGAGAAAAUCAACAAAUAUCAGGGUAUGCUUGCAGCACGUUUGAAGGCUAAAUAUUUUUCUAACAAGACUUCCGAAAAAGGUUACAUGUUUGAAGAAAUCGUGAUACAGUCUGAGACCAUUCGGCUAAGCAGGUGGCCGUUUACAAGGUUAUUUGCAGAUCCAGCAAAAUUUUGCCAGGAAAAGAGCUAUACUGAGAAGGACGUUUCUCCAUCUUUGGCUAGUGCAGCCAUGUCGAAAUAAUUAAGCACCUCAUUUUUAGCUGAAGAAAUAUCUUUACCUGGCAUGUAGCAAGUAUCCAUCAUGACCACCAGAUGGAUAAGGGCUCAGUAGUUUAGAUCACUAACUUCUACCUGUUAUCCUUAAAAUGAGCGACUUGGAGCUUGUGUAUUUUCAACAGGCCCGGAUUAACCUUAUAUUGAUUUGAACCAAACCUGAAUUUCGUUUUGUAGACAUGUUUGCAGGUAUACUGAAACCCAUUACCUGUAUCUAUGGAAGUACACUAAUAUCGACAUUA